CCCAAAACGUGGAUUUUAACAGUCUUGACAUCCAUUGUCAUACACGGGUGGCAUUGCAAGAUGGGUUCGCAUUCCUACGAUUUCAUCGUGGUCGGAGCUGGACCGGCUGGAUGUGCGGUCGCAUCAACCCUCGCCAAAUCAGCCAAGCGCCCAAAUGUGCUCCUCCUCGAAGCCGGCGAGCACAAUGAGGACAAGACUCUCCGGGUCUGGGGCAAGCGCUUUGUAACUUUCAUGGAGAGCAACCUCAACUGGGGAUACAAGACGACUCCACAAGAGCAUUGUAGCGGCCGUGAGCUUGACUACUCCCGCGGCAAAUGUGUCGGUGGGAGUUCGGCCAUUAACUUUGGUGUGUACACCGUUGGCGCCAGGGAUGACUAUGAUCAAUGGGCUGCUGAAGUAGGCGACGACACGUUUGCUUGGAAAAACAUACAAGCCAGGUUUAAGGCUUUGGAGACUUUUGCUGGGGAGAUUGCUCGCCCUGAGCAUCAGAAGUAUGGAGCUCCCCAGGCGGCAGACCAUGGCGACACGGGUGCUCUGGCUAUUGGCUAUGCGACAGAGUGGGAGACCGACUUGCCGCUAAUCUUGGACGCCUUUGAAGAAGCUGGUCUUGAGCGAAACCUGGAUCAUAACUCUGGAAAUCCGCUUGGUUUGGGUUUGAUCAUCAAUUCUGUGCGUGAUGGCGUGCGGACUACAGCAGCCGAUCUGGUGAAGAGCGCACUCGAGAACCUCGUCGUCGUCCCCAAUAGUCCAGUGCAGCGUGUGAUCAUGGAGGGCAAGAAAGCCGUGGGUGUCGAGAGUAAUGGAACUCAGUACUUCGCUUCCAAGGAAGUCAUCAUUUCUGCAGGAUCCCUCGAUAGCCCCAAGAUCCUCAUGCACUCCGGCCUUGGUCCAGCCGCCGAACUCACGAAAUUCAAGAUCCCCGUCAUCCAAGAUCUACCAGCGGUCGGCCAGGGUCUGAACGACCACCCCUUCACCACCCUCCUGGUAACCCGAAACCCAGAGACCAACGACCGCAACGCCUUCUUCCAAAGCCCAGAAGCCAUGUCGGCCGCUAUGGAGCAAUGGAACCAAGACGGUACGGGUCCUUGGUCACGCUACUGCUCUCAACUCGGCGGAGGCUGGUUCAAGUCAGACCGAAUCUCCUCGUCAGAAGAAUUCAAAGCCCUUCCCACCGAGGUACAGGACUUUCUGAACCGGGAGACGAUCCCGCACUACGAGUUCAUCAUCGGGCUUCCCUUGCACAUGCACGUGCCACAGAUGUUCCAGGACUAUAGCUACGUUUGUAUAGCCGUCAUGCUGAUGAACCAGCAAUCAAGGGGUGAAGUCCGCCUGCAAUCGUCAAACCCGGAUGACCCAUUAACGUUCGACCCGCAUUUCCUCGAACACCCCUACGAUCGCCGCGCCUGUAUCGAAAUGUACCGACACCUGCUCGAACUAACCGAGCACCCGUCCUUUGCGAAAGAUACUAUCGCGACGGUUAUCGCGCCGGCAUCCAAGUCUGAUGAGGAUAUUUUGCAGUUUUGGAAGGAUAAUGUAUCGCCAUGCUGGCAUAUGACUGGCACCGUGAAGAUGGGUCAAGAUGCGAGCAAGGAUGCGGCUGUUGAUCAUACGUUCCGUGUUUUUGGUGUCGAGGGCUUGCGGGUUGCGGAUAUGAGCGUUGUCCCCGUGUUGACGAAUAAUCAUACUCAGGCUACGGCAUAUGUCACCGGGGCUACCUGUGCGGAUGUCUUGAUCAAGGAGUAUGGUUUGGAUCAAUAGUGGGAUAUGUUUCUUGAAGGAGUGUGUAUUAGUGAUGGUCUUCUGAAGCCAAUCAAUUAGUGAAGCAUGCGAGAAGAUUGAAUCUUGGAUCAGGUAGUUAGUGGAAAGUUCCCAGCUGGAGAGUUCUUUCCAAGCUGCCUAUAUCAACUCUGUUUCUUGUCGCCAUCAAUUUCCAAAGCCCCGUCGUCCGGCAUCUAUUCCUUAUAUACA